AUGACAACAGUUAAGUUUCCAAGACCUAUUUUGAAAAAUAGUAAGCUUUUAAGGUCCAGUGCUUAUGUCAAUGGUAAAUGGUUGAAUAGCAGUUCUAAUACUUUUAAACUCAAUGAUCCUGCUUCUGGAGAGGUAAUUGAAGAAUUACCAGAGCAAUCCAUAUCGGAAUUAGAUGACGCUAUUGAUGUAGCGUAUGAAACUUUUAAGACUUAUAAAUAUACAACUCCAAGACAGAGAGCGACAUGGUUAAGGAACAUGUUCAAUGCAAUGAACAACAACGCUGAUGAUUUAGCUAAUAUUAUAUCGUGGGAAAAUGGUAAGGCUUACAGUGAAGCUUUAGGUGAAAUAAAAUAUGCAGCUUCUUAUUUUGAAUGGUUUGCUGAAGAGGCCCCAAGGAUGUAUGGUACCACUAUACAACCUUCAAAUCCUUCAAAUAAAGCAUUUACAAUGAGACAGCCAAUUGGUGUAUGCGGGUUAAUUUGUCCAUGGAAUUUUCCAAGUGCAAUGAUUACAAGAAAAGUAGCCCCUGCACUUGCUGCUGGUUGUACAGUUGUCGUAAAGCCAGAUUCUCAAACUCCAUUAUCUGCAUUGGCCUUAGCCCAGCUUAUAGAGGAAUCAGGUUUCCCUCCUGGAGUUUUCAAUGUAGUUUUAUCAAGCAAAAAUACUCCUGAGUUUGGAGCAAGAUUAUGUGAAUCUAGAAAAGUCAAAAAAGUUUCCUUUACUGGUUCCACAAGAGUUGGUAAACUAUUAAUGAAACAAUCAUCCUCGACUUUGAAGAAAUUAUCCUUAGAACUAGGUGGAAAUGCUCCAUUUAUUGUUUUCGAAGACGCUGAUUUAGAAUUGGCUGUCGAACAGGCAGUUGCUUCUAAAUUUAGAGGCUUAGGUCAAACUUGUGUUUGUGCCAAUAGAUUGUACGUUCACUCAAGUAUUAUCGAUAAAUUUGCAGAAAUGUUAGCCUCGAAGGUUGAGAAUUUUGUAAUCGGUCCAGGUUUGGAUAAAUCAUCUACCCAUGGCUGCCUAAUCAACGCUGACGCAGUUACAAAGGUUGAAACAUAUACAAAGGAUGCGAUUGCUAAGGGAGCCAAAGUAGUAGUAAAAGGUGGUCCAAUUACUAAACUUGGUCCUACGUUCUAUGCACCUUGUAUUUUAUCUCAUGUCCCUCAAAAUGCUAGGGUUUCAAAAGAAGAAAUUUUUGGACCAUUAUGUCCAAUAUUCUCGUUUGAUACCUUAGAUGAGGUCGUUGGGUAUGCGAAUGAUACUGUCUUUGGAUUAGCAUCUUAUGUAUUUUCUAAAAAUAUAAACAAUCUGAUGGCUGUAUCUGAAGCUUUAGAAAAUGGUAUGGUAUCUUGUAAUACCGGUUUGUUUUCGGAUGCCGCUAUUCCUUUUGGUGGUGUCGACGAAUCUGGUUUUGGUAGAGAGGGUUCUUUACAUGGUAUUGAGGAGUAUACAUUCAUAAAAACAGUUAUCUUGGGAAAUUUACCAACAAAAUAG